AUGAACAAUAUUCUCUCUUUUUUUUUCUCCUCCAUACAGAUCGCUGAACUCUACAUUGAUGACAAGAACUAUGGGAAAGCUCUGCAGUUUAUUCAGGCGGAGAAGAUGUUCUACGAAGUGGCAUUGAUCGAGCUCACCUCGCUACAGGCCAGCACAGGGUCUCAGGAAGACGGAACAUUGGGAACGUCAGGAUGUCUGUCUCAAGAGGAGUUAACAGAACAGGCUUCACAGGCCCAGGAUCUUGAGAGACUGGCUCAGCUCUGCAUCAUGAGCAAAAGACCCCACCUUGCUUUAGAAUACAGUGGCAAGGCCACUAAAAUCCACCAGAGGGCUUUUGGUAAUGAUCACCCCAUCACUGCCCGGAGUCUGGAGCUGCUAGCCACUGUCUAUGCAGAGAUCGGCAAAACAGAAUAUACAAAUUCAUUGGGAGAGUGUGUGUCGACUCUUUCCAAAAGGUUCUCAGCCACCGAGUCAUUCAGUGACGCUCUGAGUAGCAUUUCUCAUAGCCAUAAGGAGAGACACUCUGAGCUGCGACACAGAAAAAAGCCAUGCAUACAACAGGAAACUCCAAAAACAAAGGUCAUAAAUGAAAAACUGCCCACCUCUAUUCUGAAAAGGUCCAAUGUGAGCAAUGUGGAGUCAGACUCAUCGCGAAAGCGAAAAACCGAGAGGCGGGUUCGCUUCAGAGAGCCGGAGAUCACUGUUCAUGACAUUCCGUACUAUGACUGUUUAGGAGUCUACGACACUCCCCAGAGCCAUUUGCACCUGGCCCUGCUCACCUGCCUAUUCCUGCUUCUGUCUGCGCUGGGUCUAGCACUGUACUGCACGGACCGCCGGAGACCCCAGCGCGCCUGCGAAGAGCUGCAGACGGCACUGGCUGUGUACCUGCUUCAGUUCAAACAGAUCGUUUGGGCCUGCUGGAUCUGGCUGACCAUGCAAUGACCAUAACUGACCACAGGGGGCAGCAACCAGCAGGAAAAAAAAACAUAAAAGGUCAGGAUGUUUUUUGAAGGACUGUGGAGGAAAUAAAAGAUAAAGGUCCUCGUUUUUUUAUUGCUUUAUUUUCACUGUUAUAAUCAGACUGGCCACCAGUCGAAUUCUCUGAGGAUCUUCAACAUCCACCUUUUUUAUUUUGUGGUUGAUUAAAGGCCAUGUGCUUUUCGCACCAUUAAGGGAUGGUGUGUCUUUUUGCCCUUUAUGGUGGCUAAUGCCUCAUUAUACUGAGCCAUAUAUAUUUAGAUAUUUGUAUGUAGCUCUUUUUCCUUGUAUAGCGGUUCUGGAUGCUGUGUUUUAAAGGAAUAGUUCACCAAAAAUGAUAAUUUGUUGAACAUUCAUUC